AACAUGUCUGAAAAUGAUAUUCAGAAAUUUCCAAAACUCAGAGUGCCAAUUGUGAGUAAAUUAAGCCAAGAAAUAAGCAAAAAUGAAGGGAGACUCUCUUUCCUUCCAAGAUGGGCCCAACCACAAAAAUCUCAUGAAAACCCAGGGUAUGCUCAGGAUGACGGUGGCUGGUCUUCAUUUGAUGAUGAUGAUGAUGAUGAUGAUGACUAUGAAAGCCCUGAUGAAGACCAGGAAAAGGAAGAUGAGGCUGACUAUGAAUCACCAACAGAGGACCCCGAGGAAGGAGAACACGACAGUGAUGGUUAUGAACCACCUCCCUCCAAUAAUGAUGAAGCACAUCACAGUGUCAUAUUUCCUGCCAAGUCACUUCCCAGCAGCACAGAUUAUAUAGACAGACCUUCAACARCCAGAUCACCCCUUCAGCCUCCAGUACCACCUCAGCGACCUGGCCCAUCCCCAGGACCAGCCCCAUUUGGGGGAAAAAGUGCUACGCUGCCAGCUUACCUUCCUCCACCAAGCAACAAYGACUUGAGUAGAGACAGAAAUAUGAAGCAUUUGAAACCCCCAGCUCCUUCUAUAGACAGAAGCACGAAGCCCUCCCUGGACCGCUUUGCUCCCCCAUAUGAAAGAGAAAUCCCAGGAUCAGGGAAGAAGCCAGGCAUUCCUGAAAAGCCUCUGGUUUCCCAGCUAAGAUCCCUGGGGGAACAGUUAGCGAUGAUGCCAAAACCUCCUGUUCCACCAAGUGACAGAUACGAAAGAGGCAAUCCACAUCCUCUAAGGAAGCAAAGCCCUGGAAAGCAGAGUUGGCCACCACACAAGAAAAAUGAAGACGAAGAAGACACUGCACCCCACAGACCAGURCCACAGCUGUCUUUGCCCCCAUACAGCUCCAAUGCAUUCCCACCCAAAUCUCUCAAGCCUCCUCCUAAGCCAGGAUCCAACACUAUUCCUGGUGCAGAAAGUUCUAGAAACCUAUCCUCAACUGGCUCACUGCCACCACGCUUACAUCCAGGCAGCAACAGCAGAUCUCCUUCAAGAGGCCCAGCUGACAUGAGACCUCCCUUGCCAAUUCCUAUCAGACAGACUGUCCACCAGACCAGCACAGGAUCAACCACCAGAUCUUCACAGGAUGAAGAUGAGGGCUCACUGAAGGAUGAGUGGUACGUGGCUUACAUCAGCCGGCCCGAGGCAGAGGCAGCGCUCCGGAAAAUAAACAAGGAUGGAACAUUCCUGGUGAGAGACAGCUCAAGAAAAACUGUUACUCACCCAUAUGUACUGAUGGUGCUGUACAGAAAUAAAGUUUACAACAUCCAGAUUCGAUACCAGGAGCAGGAUCACUUGUAUUUGUUAGGAACUGGCUUAAAAGGAAAAGAGGAUUUUUCUUCAGUAGCAGAUAUCAUUGACCACUUCCAAAGAACACCCCUUCUUCUGAUUGAUGGAAAAGACAGAGGUUCAAGAAACCAGUGCAUGUUAAAAUAUGCUGCAGGACAUAUUUAAYUGAGACUUAGAGAAGAUCACAUAUAGUUUUGAAGUUUACUGGAGUUUGUAAACUUCUAGAUAUUUUCCUUUACAGCAAACUAAAGCCAUGAAAUCAUUAAAAUUCAUAAUUUCAAAGAAAAAGGACUAUGUUAUUUUUAAAUUAUGCCUUAAAUGCAGUGCUCUAUGAAUAUAAUUUUCCUAUAAAGUGUUUCUUACUGUCCAUUAAUCAUACAGUACAUGACAGUUUUUUAUCUCCCAAGAUAUUUAUAUUCUMUUGAAAUUAUUUCCACACCAAAUUUGAUGAACCAUAACUAAGUGUCAGUAYAAGUCUCUGCUUUCAUAGGAGCUUUUUCUUCUGGAUUGGAAUUACAGCAGCAAUCACAUUAUUUGAAGUGAUACAGAUAGACCCAAACGUUGUCAAAGUGGAGAAAUAGACCAAAGACAAUA